AUGGCCGACAGCGAUGCCAUAGCCGGCGCGACCAUCGAGCUCCUAGAGGCGCGUCUCCGCCGCCUGUCCUACCUUCUCACCGGCGCCAGCGAUUACACGGGCGUUCCCACCACCCCGGACCGACCAGACUCGCUCGACGAGACGGUCUCCCGCCGCGUCGCCCGCCUGGACCGCGAGCUCGAGAAACUUAGCAGAAGCGUUCCUGCUGUGCGCGACGUGCUCCAACUCCACUCCCGCUUCCCAGACCUCUUCCAAUCCACCACCUCCUCAUCAUCCUCUCAAGAAAUUCCGGAAGGCCUAUCACCCCAAACCCUAACAUCAAUCAUCCUUUCUUACGCAACCGCCUUCCCCGAAACCGCCUCGCGGCUCACAUCGCUCAACGACCUCCCCAUCCCAGACGCAGAGAGCUCCGCUUCACUCAUCGCGCUGCAGCCGCAGCUCGACCGACUCGCGCACACGCAGGUGGAGCAGGCGGCCUCUAUCUCGGAGCUAAGGGUACGAACUGCGCGCGUGCUGCAGCGCUGGUAUGAGGUUGGGGUUGUGGGGAGUGGUGAGUGUUGGGCGGAGUGGGAGGGUAGGCUUGAAGAGGUUGAGAGGGAGGUUAGGAGGAGGGAGGUUGUUAGGGAGGGUAGGGAGAAUGAGGUUUAG